AUGAAUGGAAAAGCUAUUACAUCAUGGGACGUGUCAUUACCUUCCAAGAGGACAAACGACACACCAAGGGAAUAUUAUCUCAAAGGGCUUACUGAAGCAAGUAAUUGGAUUCGUGUUGCAAAAAAAAUUAAAUUGAAUUUUUUCGAAAAGAAAAAUAAAUCAAACAGAGCUCAUAAUUUUGAAAAGUACCUUUUAUUUCCAUUUGUCAAAUGCAUCGACUCAAUUCUAGAAAUAGCGCGAAUUCUUCCGCCACCUUACAACAAGCGAUUGACAGCUGUCAAUCCAAGAAUCAGAAGGCACGUAGAAAAGACCCGCAAUUUUCCCGCUCCAUUGCAGUAG